UCUGCAUAGAGAAAAGCACUGCACGCUCUUUUGUUGUUUUCUCUCCUCUCCGUAAUGAGGGUCCAAUCAGUCAGUUCAAAACCUCCACCACUGCCAUUUCCUCAGCAUCCCUAUAAAUACCUUCCAGCUGAAAGCUGGCGAAACGGCAGUAGAGAGAGAGAGAGUGAGAUGCCAUGACCUUCCUCCUCUCUGCCAUCUCCUUCCUCUCCUAGUUUCAUUUCCUACGUUUAGGGUUUGGAAGUUCAAGUUCUUAUAGAGAGGAUGGAAGCUAUAGGUAGAGAUGCGAAGAAGGAGGUUGUUGUUCUUGUGGUGAUCGUUGUAGUCGCUGCCUUGGCUGUGGUUUCUUUGAUCGUUGCCUUCAGCUAUUACUGCUACAUCAGGAACAAGGUCUCCAAGCGCUUCAAGACUAAACAUUCCAGGAAUACCAGCGAUAGAGAUGGUACCUCAAAGAUGCAAGUUGUUACAGAGAAAGGAGUACAGGUCUUCAAUUUCAAGCAGCUUCAUUCUGCGACUGGUGGAUUCAGCAAGGCUAAUGUUAUUGGGCAUGGCGGUUUUGGCUCGGUCUACAGGGGCGUCCUUCCUGAUGGGAGGAAGAUCGCUGUUAAGUUAAUGGAUCGAUCCGGAAAGCAGGGGGAAGAGGAGUUCAAAAUGGAGGUGGAGUUGCUUAGCCGUCUUCUUUCUCCGUAUCUGCUGGCAUUGCUGGGUUACUGUACAGAUAAUGACCAUAAAUUGUUGGUUUAUGAGUAUAUGUCAAAUGGAGGUCUGCAAGAGCACCUUUAUCCUGAGAGUGGUUCCCAUGGUGGCGUUUCGAAGUUGGACUGGGAGACCCGAAUGAGAAUAGCUCUGGAAGCAGCCAGAGGUCUGGAAUACCUACAUGAACAUGUCAGCCCCCCAGUGAUUCACAGAGAUUUCAAGAGUAGCAACAUCCUCUUGGACAAGAACUUCCAUGCCAAAGUUUCAGAUUUUGGCUUGGCCAAGCUUGGAUCAGAGAAAGCUGGAGGGCAUGUCUCCACCCGUGUAUUGGGCACCCAAGGAUACGUCGCUCCCGAAUACGCAUUAACUGGACAUUUGACCACCAAAUCAGAUGUAUACAGCUAUGGGGUUGUGCUCUUGGAGCUGCUCACAGGCAGGGUUCCAGUUGACAUGAAGAGGGCUCCUGGGGAAGGUGUUCUUGUAUCAUGGGCAUUGCCUCGGCUCACGGAUAGAGAAAAGGUUGUACAGAUCAUGGAUCCAUCAUUGGAAGGUCAGUAUUCGAUGAAGGAGGUUAUUCAGGUGGCAGCCAUUGCGGCAAUGUGUGUACAAGCGGAAGCAGAUUACAGGCCUCUAAUGGCAGACGUGGUGCAGUCACUGGUCCCUCUCGUGAAGCAUCGCAAGCCAACAUCAAAGGUAGGCAGCUGUUCUAGCUUUCAUACCACCAGGUCUCCUACAACUCCUAUAGCCAGGUCUCCUACAGCUUCUGAAUGUGGGAAUGCAGGAUCUUGAAAUUCCGAGUUCUAUAACAUCAAAGACCUUGCUGUUUUCUCUAUCUAGAGGUAGUCUACCAUGGGCUGGAUUGUGCCUGGGAGAGAAAUCCUUAGCUCUUUUUCCAGUAGCUUAAUUUGGUUUUAGCUUUGAUUAGUUUGGUUUAAUGGGUAGAAAGUUUACUAUUUCUCAAAAUUAUGCUUUGAUUGUAGGACUAACAAAACGCUAUUUCUCCAAGUUAAGCUUGAUUGUAGGAAGCACUUGUUGAAGUGUCCGUUGGCUUCUGGCCAGCGUUUGCAUUGC